ACAUAGACUGCAUUUGACAGAUCACAUGACUGCACGAAUGAACAAGCCCUUUGUUAAUUGCAGUCAGUCAACCUGCUGCCUGCAGGCAUUGUGGGCUGUCGUCUGUGCACUCUUAUACAAGCUACCUUUGACUUUUGGAGUACUCCCACGGAGGAUAUCACGCAGAGUGGACCAAGAUGAAGAACAUUUCCCUGCUUCUGUUGGUUGCAUUAACAGCCCUCACGGAGUCUCGACAAGGCUACAACAUCAGGCGUGACAAGCGGGAGCUUUUGGUGCGUUCCAAAAGAAGGUGGGUUUUGUCUACGAUUGAAAUAAUAGAGGAAAAUAAAGGGCCAUUCCCCAAAGAAAUUGCAAAGAUGUAUAAUGACCAGACGGAUCAGGAGGGGCAAAUCUACCGUAUCAGUGUAAAGAGUGCGACCGGUAAUUUGAUUGAAGGAGUGUUCUCCAUCAAUGAAAGUACCGGACUCGUCUAUGUCCAUCAACGUAUCGACAGAGAGGAAAUCGAUCUUUUCAAAAUCACGUUUGACAUCUUAAGCAAAAAGACUCGCAAAGAAAUAGACAAGAGACUAGCUUUUGAUAUACAAAUAAAGGACAUCAAUGACAACGCGCCGACAUUUAUCGAUCUUCCUACGAAUGUGGAAGUGAAGGAAAAUACAGAAGAGGGGUUCUUGCCAGUGCAGCUGAAGGUCAUGGACAGAGAUGAGACGAAUACACCUAACUCUGAAAUCACCAUCAGAGUGGUUAAACAGACCCCAGCAGAGCCCAAGAUUGAUUUGAAGAUGAUGAAUGACGGAAUGGCCCAGCUCACCUUUACAGGAUGUUUUGACUACGAUAAAGUAAAGAAGUAUGAAGUUACUGUUGAAGCAAAAGAUCAUGGAAGCCCGUCCCUUUCCUCUACUGCUGUUGUUACUCUCAAUGUUGUUGACUCAAACAGUCAUCCACCGACAUUCAAGGAGAAAAAGUACCAAGGUGAGGUGUUAGAAUCAGUCAUCAAGGACGACAUUUUGAGAAUUGCGGUAGACGACAAAGACACUCCUAAAACUCCUGGCUGGCGUGCAAAAUACUACUUCAUUGAAGGGAAUCAGGAAGGAAACUACAAAAUUGAAACUGACCCCGCAACUAAUGAGGGUAUUCUGAGUGUCAUCAAGGGAAAGGAUUUCGAGGUGACAACUACUACAACCCUGCGGGUCGGAGUAGCGAAUGAGGAACCUUUAUUUGUUUGUAAAUCUAAAUCAACUGGUGGCGCCGGCCCACCUCCAGAUACAGUAAAUAUCACAAUAAAAGUGAUAGAUGCCAAUGACCCACCUAACUAUGAGAAAGAUCCAUUUGUUGUGUACCAGAAAGAAGAGGAGGUGCCAGGAAAGGUGCUGUUCACUCCAAAAGUGAAAGAUGUUGACUCAGACGAAUCCCAAAUCAGGCAUAUGAUAAUAAAAGAUCCAGCUGGCUGGGUGACCAUUGAUGAGAAAACAGGAACACUCACAACAACUAAGAAGAUGGACAGAGAGUCACCCUUUGUUGAUGACAAAGGCAUUUACAAAAUAAUCGUCGGUGCUAAAGAUAAUGGUGAACCUCCAGCCACGGGUACAUGCACUGUCCUGGUCCACCUCAGAGAUAUCAACGACAACGUGCCCAAGCUGGUCAAUAAAGAGCUCAUUAUGUGUGGAAACAAGGGCAACAUGGUCAUGGUGUCUGCCAACGACACAGACGCUGAUCCUUACAGUGGACCCUUCGCCUUCUCCCUGGGGGGUGAUGACAAAACUCUGACGCAGCGAUGGAAACUAGACCCUGCCUUUGGUAAGGAAGGUGGGCUUGUUAGCCUGACGACACUUGCUUAUGGUAACUACUCAGUGCCCCUGGUGAUUCAAGACCAACAGAGCUCGAUUGGACGUGAUACUUUGAAAGUGAUAGUGUGUGACUGCGGAGAGGGAGAUGUUUGUCGUAGCAAAGUGCCGUCCUCAUCCAGCCUUGGGUCAGCGGGCAUUGGACUACUCCUUUUAGGACUCCUAUUAUUUUUGUUACUGCUCCUCCUCUUUAUAUGUCAGUGUGGAGGUAGGGCGAAGCCCAUGCCCAUGGUGGAGGAUGAGGGCAACCAGACCCUCAUCAAGUACAACCAAGAAGCAGGGGGCUCCGAAUGCAAGGCUGAGCCCACUCUGCUCCUGACACCUAGAAACAGUGUGGCUGUGACAGAUGGCCUAAAACUUGGCACCAUGCAGAUGUCUCAGGCUGGUCGAAGAAUGGCCCAGGACAGGAUUACGUACGACAGCUCAGGGCUCCCCGCCAACUAUACCAUGACUUCAAUGGACAUGCAGCCUCACAGAGACACUCUCGGAAGCCAGGAAGGCGGGCAGACCAUGUACUCUACAUGGACUACAAACAGGGUGAACACCUACCAGGGAGGCUCAUCAAGAUACAACCGCUCUCUCAGCCUGCUGUCAAAUCACCAGAUCACAGAUCACAUCGCCAGGGGAGGCUCUUCAAGAUACAACCGCUCUCUCAGCCUGCUGUCAAAUCACCAGAUCACAGAUCACAUCGCCAGGAGAUUGCACACGAUUGAUGGAAAACAUGUGGACCACCCAGUGUACCUACCCUACGAGUAUGCCUUCGAGGGACAGGGCAGCCAAUGCCAGUCUCUGGAUAGCCUGUCACUCAGCAACCUGGGAGAUGAUUUGAUGUUUCUAAAUAAUUUGGGGCCAAAGUUCAAGACCUUGGGAGGCAUCUGUCACCAGACACUUCAAGGAAAAAACAUACAGCUCUAAAAGGCACCAUUGGACUGGGAUUUUUAUAUCAAGCAAGUUGCUCUUCGGUCUGAGUUUGAGAUUGUAAUUUUGGACUGAUCUGACUGGAUCUUUGAAGAAAAUAUAUAUGACAAUGGUUGGAUUACAUCUCACAUAUUCAUAUAUUGUAUAAUGGCAUCCCCACGGAACAAGGAUUUGUAGCUUUUGAGGUUUGAGGUUUGUAGAUGAUUUUGCAUGCUUGAAGAUCGGGGCACUGCACAAACGGUCUCUGGUGCUCUGGUGAUUUUGAAAUGUUACAUUUCACACUAUGUUAAGAGUGAUUGCUGCCAUGUCACAGUGCUUUCAGCAGCACAUCAUUUCUAGCUCUUGAGGUUUUGGUAACUUUAACUGUUUUAAACUGUAAAUUCGUUGUAUAUAAGUUUUUUUUAUUUCUGCCAGUUAUACCAACAUAUCCUGUUGUAUCUUUUACAAAAGGACCGGCAGAAAUUUGAUUGGUUAAAAGCAUUGUAAUUCAACAGUAUUGGGACUUGUGGCCUGCUGUUUAUG